ACUUUUUUCUUUUUUGUUGCCACUCUCAAUUUCGAUUUCUUUUUUGUCCUACUGUUUUAUGUAAUUGUAUACACUGGUUCUGCUCUGUUUUAAGUUGUUCGUUUACACUAACCCACUGAGUUUAAAUUCUGGAGAUAUGUCUUCUUUGUCCUUCAAAUGAUAUCCACACCUUCUAAUUUCCUUCUUACUUUAUGAGAAGCUCAAUGUUACAAGUUGUUCGUUGUUCUUAUCCAAAAUACUUAAUAACUAGGAAAUUUCCUUAUGUUUCCUUUGUCUCCUACCGUAAUUCAAAUAAUUUGAACAUUGAAACUUUCAUAAUAUUUUCAUCAAUUUAAUACUAUGAAUUUGGAACUUCAAAAUAUUUCCUUAGUUCCCAAUCUUGGACGUUGAAGGCAACUCUUCAACUUCGUCCUCCUUUCCCUCUUUCUUCUGUUCAUUUUUAACUGAUUACCAAAAAAAAGGCAAAGUUUUUCUUGUGGGAAAUUUAAUGCUAAAUUGCAGGCUUUUUGAAAUGUAAUUAACCUUUUGCAAAAUUAUUAAUGUUUACUUGCUUAUAUGGGCGUAUAUCUAAAGCACACUUACUAUGUAAAAGGGAGAAAUAAACGGAACUAUAUACUCUCACACACAUGUAAGGAGGGGCAGGGACCUGGCAUACCUUCAGUGACGAAAAAAAAACAUCCAACAGAGGUUAAGGUGUAAUGUUAUAAAUUAAGAUUUUGAGGGGGAAUCUUGACGUAACUGGUAAAGAUGAUGCCAUGUGACAAGGAGGUCAUGAGUUCGAGCCGUGGAAUCAGCCUCUUACAGAAAUACAGGGUGACAGAGCUAUAGCUCAAGGCAGUUAGAUUAAAGUUACCACAAUCGUGUGAAAGACACCAAUUAGCAGUAGUUUUCAACAAUUGAGAUGGAGGUUGUUGAGACAUGUGGAAAAGGAACUAUUUAUUCUGCACAACCUUCCACCAAACAUAAUUUUCCAUCAACUGAUGAGGAAGUUGUGGGCUUUGUGAAAGAUGCAGAAAGUAUAAUGAAGAAAUUGAUUGUAGGAACAAAGGAGCUGGACGUUAUCUCAAUCUUUGGAAUGCCGGGAUUGGGUAAAACAACUUUGGCCAGGAAAGUGUACAACAAUCCUUCUAUUGUUAAUUACUUUGAUGUUAAAGCUUGGUGUUCUGUUUCGCAAGCAUAUAAUAGGAGGACCUUGUUGCUUGAGAUUUUCAAACAAGCAACACGUGAUUAGAGCCAAAUCAAAGAGGAUGUUGACAUAGCUGACAAGUUGCAGAAGACUCUAAAAGGCAGGAGAUAUCUCAUUGUAUUAGAUGAUAUAUGGGAAAUCGAUGCAUGGGAAGAUUUGGGGUUAUGUUUCCCGAAGGGUGAAGAUGGAAGUAGAGUAAUGGUGACAACUCGAAUUGAAGAGGUGACUAAGCAUCUUCAGCACCGCAAUGAUCCUUAUUCUCUUAGAUUUCUGACAUCGGAAGAGAGUUGGGAAUUGUUGCAGAAGAAAGUAUUUCGAGGAGAGAGUUGUCCACCCAAUCUAUUGGAAGCAGGAUUACAAGUUGCGGAACAUUGUAAGGGAUUGCCUCUUGUGAUUGUCCUGAUUGCUGGAAUUAUUGUGAAAAUGGAAAGGAAGGCGUCCUUGUGGCUGGAGGUGGCAAAUGACUUAAGUUCCCUUGCUUUAGGAGAGCAGGGUACGAAAGUAAUACAAUCGAGUUAUGACCAUUUAGAAGACCAAUUAAAGCCUUGUCUUUUUUAUAUGGCAUUGUAUCCAGAAGACUAUAAGAUUCCAGUGUCUGAUUUGCUAAAGUUAUGGAUAGCUGAAGAGUUUGUAGAGAAUAUUGACACAGAGAAUCUAGAAGAAACAUCUAGAAUUGUCUUGAAUGAUCUACUUAAGAGAAGCCUAGUGAUGGUCUCUGGCCGACAGGAAAUUAAUGGUGCCAUAGAAUACUGCUCACUUCAUGAUUUAGUGCGUGAGUUUUGUUUGAGAAGACUUGUAGAAGAAAAGUACUUUAUGCAACUCGCAGUGCGAUGCAGUUCAAGUCAACAUUUGUAUUCCAAGGAAUCACGGUUAUGCAUUUAUAUUCAUGAUGAACUUGUUAAACAAUUAGAUCAUUAUGAAUAUCGGUUGGAUAAGAUUCCAAUGUUCGAGUCCAAGCAGUUAGAUUAUUAUGAAUAUCAGUUGGACAACAUUCCAAUGGUCAAGUCCAAGGAAACAAAGCGUUUUGGUCAAUGUUCGAAGUUUUUUCAGUUCAUUGCUCAUCCAAAAUCCAACAUAUGGAACCGAUUAGAUUCUUUGCAUUCACUUGUUAAAUUAAGAUUUGUUCAGGCGUUGCAUUUGACUGAAAGGGAAUUACCAAGUUCUUGGAUUACGGCAGUACAAUCACUAACUCACUUGAGGUACCUUGCAAUUUUUGUCAAAAAAAUUGAUUUCAAGUGGGUAUCACACCUACUCUAUCUCCAAACUCUAGUGGUAGAUUAUUCAAGUUAUCCAUUUAGGACAUCGACUGCUGCAUUCUGGAAAAUGACCAAGCUAAGGCAUGUGAAUAUAAACUUAUUUUCCUUUACGGGCGAAUGGGAUGAUAAAACUGGUCAACCAAUUUUAGAAGAACCUUCAGAAAGUAUGCUAGAGAACUUGAAGACUUUGCACACUUGUCGUGUUGCUGUGAGCGAUGCGGCUCGGAAGGUCUGGUGGAGGUGUCCGAAUCUUGAAGAACUCAGCCUCAAUAUUCUAAGUGUACCUAGUUGUUCUUUGUUUCCCAUACCAGAACUUCAUACUCGGCUUCAAUCUCUUAAACUAGAAGCCGGGCGCUCAUAUGAAGAAAAAUAUGAAGUUGGAUGGUCCAGCUACAUUAACUUCCCUCCAAAUCUUAGGAAGUUGUGCAUUCGCAACAUUUUUCUAACAGAAGAAAUAGUUUCAAAUAUCGCAAAACUGCAGAAGCUUGAGAGUCUCGAAGUAUAUAGAGGAUAUCUUGUGGGGAAUGGUCAGUGUUUAGACGUCAGAUAUGUCGAGUUCCCUGCACUCAAAUUCUUCACGUUAUUUGUGCUCUUUAUGGAAGAAUGGAAAGCUUCAGAGGAAUCCUUUCCCAUGCUUGAGAAGCUAGUUGUACUAAAUUGUGAAGACCUCGACGAGAUCCCUCUUAGCUUUGCCGAUAUUCCAACACUCCAACUUAUUCAAGUGAUAAACUGCAUGGAGUCUGUUGAGGAUUCAGCUAUGGAUAUUAAAAGAGAAAUAGAAGAAAACACAGGCUGUGACACUCUCCAAGUUCGUAUAUCAUACAAUGGCUACUAAAGCUGACUCCGACAUAUCCAUCCUCGGGUCUGCGACCUUCUCAACAGAGGAGACAACCAUUCUUAUUUUUUGUUCUGCGCCAUAUCUGAGCAUUUGUUAAAGAGAUGAAAGGAAUUCUUCUGAUUUCUGUAUGGCUUCGUCCUGAAUUAAGGUUGGCUUUUCACUAGAAACUCAGCCUAGAGUUGAUUGACCAAUUCCCCUGAGCUUAGGGGUCAAUUACGGGAGAGUCGGAAACUAUUGCAUCUUUUCUAAAGCGGCAUUCUCCCUUCAGUCUAUCUUAUGCCAUCUAUGAACUAAUGUAUGUAUGUGAUAUCCAAUAUUCUUAUAAUGUUGUUAUAAGGAUAGUCGUCACUAUGUUUAGUCAGUCAGACUCAAUUAAUGUCACAGUUCAAGAUUACUCGUAGGCAUUCUCAAACGUGAGCUUAUAUGGCUCAAGUUUAAUCUGAAUAGUCCCACGUCAGUUUUGUGAUAAUCACGAAUCAUGGAUG